GCCUGUCGGUGGUGUGGUAUCAGCAAGGAAUGCAUUAGUUAGUGCUUCAAUGAAGUCUCUGCCAGGCAUGCCAGGCGUGAUUUCACUGUUGGAAUGGGACCUUGGUUACUGGGAUGUUACAGUCGAUCAUUUCCUGCUCAUUCUCUAAGCUUCAUGAAGCUCCUAAUAUGGUUUACUAUGACAUUUAUUCUUUUCAGCCUAUGGAAAUUUAUGUUGAUGAUGAGGCCAAAUUGACUCUACAUGGACUUGUUCAGCACUACAUCAAAUUGACUGAAAUGGAGAAGAACCGGAAACUGAAUGACCUGCUGGACGCACUGGACUUCAAUCAAGUUGUGAUCUUUGUUAAAAGUGUGAAUCGGUCUGCGGAGCUAAACAAGUUACUUGUUGAGUGUAAUUUUCCAUCUAUCUGCAUCCACUCUGGCAUGUCCCAGGAAGAUAGAUUAACACGUUACAAGCUUUUCAAGGAAGGUCACAAGCGAAUUCUCGUGGCUACAGAUUUGGUUGGGAGGGGUAUUGAUAUUGAACGAGUGAACAUUGUCAUUAACUAUGACAUGCCGGAUUCUGCGGAUACUUACCUUCACAGGGUGGGUAGAGCUGGACGAUUUGGCACAAAAGGUCUUGCUAUCACUUUUGUUUCAUCAGCAGCCGAUUCGGACGUUCUCAAUCAGGUCCAAGAAAGGUUUGAAGUUGAUAUCAAAGAGCUUCCUGAGCAGAUUGACACCUCUACAUAUAUGCCGUCUUAAAACAAAACACACAUUCCGGAAUGGCAUAUGUGGUAGAAGGCAAGACCAUGUGAGUUGCUUGUGCUGGCAGGCUUAUUUUCCCCAUUGCUGUCAAAUGUUUUUGGACCAUUUAUUAAGAUGUAUCGGUUGUUUCGGAUUCCUGUAGAUUUUAGGUUAUUUUCGCUAGUUCAUUUCCUUUAUGAGAUCUUUGAUUUUGAAACUUGUUUGUGUUUGUACGGUCUGUUUAAUUCAAAUUGAGAGAUGCCAUUUUGAGGGUCUUAGUGAUGAACAAAUAUGUAUUACUAGU